CUGAAGCAGCAGAGUCCCGCCUUCGGUCGAUGAUUGACAGGUUACUGGACCGCACUGGGACCCGGAUCCCCCACCACGACCCCAGACUGUACCGGGACUCCGCCUCUAGGACCAGGUCCAUACCCGGCUUCAGCAUCCUGGCCUUCCCGGACUUCUGGGGUCACCUGCCCCCACCUGGACCUGAGCCCAUGGCCCUCCGUAAGCCCCACGUCCAGAGGCAGAAAGUGUUUGAAGAUGUGCGGCGCUUCCUUCACACCGAUGACAUCAUCAAUCAGGUGGUGUUUGACCUGGAGGAUGACAGUGGGCGGGGCCUGUCACACACUAUGGAUUCUCUCAGGUUUUUCUCUAAGUUUGAAAGUGGAAACCUGAGGAAGGCUGUCCAGGUCCGCAGGUUUGAAUAUGACCUCCUCCUGAACACAGAUGUAAACAGUUCCCAUAAUUCUCAGUGGUUUUAUUUUGAACUCAGUAACAUGGAGGCUGACGUCCCGUACAGAUUUAACAUCAUCAACUGUGAGAAGAGCAACAGUCAGUUCAACUACGGUAUGCAGCCUGUCCUGUAUUCAGUCACAGAGGCUCUAGAAGGUCGACCACACUGGGUCCGCACUGGAACAGACAUCUGUUAUUACAG